GGCCCAGCCCCUCUUUCCUUUCCUCUCUUCUGCUCUCCCGCCGGGCGCCCGAGGGAUAGUUACUUAGCGGUUCUGAGGAGCCGCUGUUGUUUCGGCAGGGAACCGCCGCCGCCGCUCGGGUGCCCGGGGAUCAGCAGCUGCCCACCUCUCUCCCUCCCUUCCUCUCUCGCUCUGCUCGCUAUGGCCAAGGAGGAGAAGAAGCCCUUCCGCCAGUCUAUGGCCGAGUGGCGGCGAUUCAUCUACAACCCGAACAGCGGCGAGUUUCUAGGGCGCACGGCCAAGAGCUGGGGCUUAAUUCUGCUGUUCUAUCUUGUAUUCUAUGGCUUCUUAGCUGCGCUCUUUACAUUCACAAUGUGGGUUAUGCUUCAAACAUUGCGUAGUGAUAUACCCAAGUAUCGUGACCGCAUUGCUAGUCCAGGGCUAAUGAUUUCACCAAAGCCAGAAACUGCACUGGAAUUUUCACUAAACAAAAAUGACUCAGGAAGUUAUGCUGGUUAUGUGAAAAAACUUCAUGAUUUUCUAGGAGCAUAUGACGAAUCAAAACAAUCUGGGAAUAUUCAGUGUGUUCCAGGACAACACUUUGAACAGAAUCCUGAUUUUAUAAAAGCAUGCCAAUUUAAUCGCGCUAUCUUGGGACCAUGCUCUGGACUAGAGGAUAAAAAUUUUGGUUAUGAUAAAGGAACACCAUGUGUUGUUAUAAAAAUGAAUAGAAUAAUUGGAUUAAAGCCAGAUGGAAUGCCAUAUUUAGAAUGUAAUGCUAAGGAAGGAGGCAAGGCUAUGAUAACUACUUUUCCUUCUGGGGGAACAAUGGAUUUAAUGUAUUUCCCAUACUAUGGAAAACAAUUACAUCAAAACUACUUACAGCCACUAGUGGCUGUUCAACUAGCAUUUAACACAAACGGUACCAAAGAAGAUGUAACAGUUGAAUGCAAGAUCAUGGGAUGCAAAAAUUUAAAAAAUGCAGAUGACCGUGACAAGUUCCUGGGACGCAUUUCCUUCAAAUUUCAGAUAUCUGAAUAGAAGUCAUCAGUAUCUUCACAAAGUAAACCUUGUGCUCUCUUUUUUUGUAUCAGCGGGACCUGCCAUUCUAGGAGAUGAGACCACCUUUGAGAAGCUUGGAGUGGAACAUGGCAUUCAGGGUAGCAUAAUAAUGUGCUUCCAAAUCAUGUUUUAAAUCUCUCACAAAGUAACUGCAUGUCAUGCUUUUGCCUGCUCUGUUGGACCAGUGUACAGACAUAGUUUGUCAUUUUAGGGACUUGUAAAUAGCUUCCGAACAUGUAAUCAUGGUGGUCUUUGUCCUGUUCCAAAAUGUGGGCUUUAUACUUAAGUGAGCGUCUCAAAUGUGCUGUGCUAUGUAAAUAUUGUAUUGGUUUAACACUGGUUUAACUGUCAUAUCAAUACCAACACAGUUUUAGAGAGAAGAAAAUUACCCAACCCAAGAUAGUGAAUUGUGUUUUGUGCAGAGAUGCCUUAAAGUCCUGUAUUGGGGGAAGGUAGUUGGGAAAUUUAAGUGGAUUUGAAAUGUUAGUAUUGAUUUUUGACCUUAUUUAAAUACUGAGCUAGUCUGUUGUGCUUGUCAUCGUGCAAGUAUUGUGUGUGUGUGUGUAAGGUUUGGUCUAGAUUUGAUAUUUUAGUUGAGAAACUGAUUGUCAUCGUAUUAAAUGCUUGCUGUUAUGUGGAGCACAGAUAAAACCAAUACAAUGUCACUUUUUAAAAAAAUUAGUUGAACUGUUGGUAUGAACAUUUCGUUAUGAUGUUUAUGGUUUAGAAACCUGAUAACAAUUGUACUACAAAGCUGCUUGGAAGAAAAGACCUCACUAUGUGGGAGUAGAUUUACACUUUCCAAUAAAGAAAUCCAUGGAUGGAGAAAUGUCUGUUUAAAAUUUUAAAGCUCAAUAAGGACUGUCUUGAUUAAAACAUUCCUUUGUUUAAUUUC